GCCAAACCUCUCUCAGCUCUGACUUUGUCAGUUUCCUAAAUAUAGCGGACAGGAUCUGUCCGUGUCUUUCAGCCGGAGACACUUUGAUAAAAAGCCCGUAUUUACAGAAGCACCGGGAGGCCAGUGGGGAAAGCCAUGCUAAGCUGAUGGGCUAACAGGAGCUGACAGGGGGACUAUGUGUUGAGGAUUGUCUCUUAAAUUUUUAACUACUUGGAGCCCUCUGAUAUUCAUCUUUGGUUGUUGGUGGACGUUGCUUUAGCAAUGGGAAGGAAGAAGAUUCAAAUCACCCGUAUCGUUGAUGAGAGGAACCGACAGGUGACUUUCAUGAAGAGAAAGUUUGGCCUGAUGAAGAAGGCCUACGAGUUAAGCGUUCUGUGUGACUGUGAAAUUGCCCUCAUCAUCUUCAAUGGCUCCAACAAGCUGUUUCAGUACGCCAGUACCGACAUGGACAAAGUCCUGCUGAAGUACACAGAAUACAACGAACCCCAUGAGAGCAGAACCAACUCUGACAUCGUUGAGGCCCUUAACAAGAAGGAACACAGAGGCUGCGACAGCCCUGAUGCUGAGGCAUCCUAUGUUCUCACUCCUAAUACUGAAGAAAAAUACAAGAAGAUUAAUGAGGAGUUUGACAACAUGAUGAAGACUCAUAAAAUUUCCACAGGCCAGCAGCAGCAGCAGCAACAGCACUUCAUGCAUGUAGCACCAGGCAGCAUGGCCUACAGUCACAGUGGAGGAGGAGGGGCAACUUCCCAGGCACUAGCUGCAGCCACAGCAGCUUUGGCUGACGGUGGGAUCCUCUCCUCACCUCACACGCACCUCCACAGAAACAUAAACUCUUCACAAAGACCACCGAGUGCUGGAGGUGGCCUGCAGGGCAGUUCCGAGCUGGCUCUGCAAAAUGGAUCUGGACCGACUGUGAAUGGAUUUGGAAAGAUCAUACCAUCAAAAUCUCCUCCUCUUCCACCUCAUGGGAACAGCAUGGUCCCUACCAGCCGCAAGACAGACCUCCGGGUCGUCAUCCCCCACUGCAAAGGAAUGAUGCAAACACUGAAUAACCAAAGGAUGAGUAGCAGUCAGUCCAGUCAGCCUCUUUCCACACCAGUGGUCUCUAUCACCACACCCAGUCUACCCCAUCAGAGUCUGGUCUAUGCUGGCAUCGGCUCUGCCUACAACGAUUACUCCCUGAACAGUGGAGAGUUAUCAGGCUUUAACUCUGCUGCAGGGCCCUCUCUGAGCUCAAUGGCAGCAUGGGAGCAACAGCAGCUGAGCUCCAUGGGGUCAGGAAGCUCCACUCUCUCCAUAAGCACCAAUCAUAACAUCAACAUCAAAGCUGAGCCAAUCUCUCCACCCCGCGACCACCUCAGCCAGUCUGGGUACAUGACCCAUCCACAUGUUCACCCUCAUCAUCACUCCUCUGCCUCCUCAUCAGCUCGAGCAGAGAUGGGGCGGUCCCCUUCUGACAGCGUUGGCUCCUCCUGCAGCUCUCACGAGGGCGGCAGUGACCGGGAAGAGCAGCAGCGACCUGACUUCCACUCGCUCCCUGUGAGUCGGUCAGAGGGCAGGGAGAGUCCGACAGUCAAGCGAAUCCGAAUGGACAGCUGGGUGACAUAGAGCCUGGAGCUACAUCGAGAAGCUGCACCAGGGCAAAAAACAGGAAGGACACUGUUGUGCAAAUGAAAUGUGGUUUUUAUUGAUGUGUUCUGUUGAAUUUGCUUUAAAUAUUUUUUUGCUGUUGUUUUGGUUAUUCAGAAUUUCUUGAGAAGGGUUGAGCGACAUUAGUCUGAGCAUUCUGGAUUGGAUAAAGCUGAAAUUACAGUGGUACUUCAUUUAAUCUUAUUUUCUUCUUUUACAAACAAUUAAAGCUUUGCAGAUUAAAUAUCUGGGUCCAAAUGCAGUACAGUUACAGUAGAGUACAGUUAUUUCCAUUUGCAGUGCACUGUGGCGCUGGAUGGAAGACAGACAAAGCAUAAAAUCAAAGUUCAUGAGUGGGUAAAGUUACUAGGUGUCAAUCGAUUCACUUCUAAUCUUCUCAGGGUUUAAAACCAUUAAAUGAGUCCAUCGUGAAAGCAAUACUCCCUCCACAUCAUCAUUUCUGUUACUCCUCUUUAUAAAAACACGUAUUUAUAUCAGCCAAAGCAGUAUACUGUUUUCUAUGUUGUGUGUGUUUUUAUAUUGUGCACAAAAUUAUACAAUAUUUCAUUCAGAUUUGAAAUCAAAAGCCAUGGACACUUGUAUAUGUACUACCAAAACAUUUCACUCUUUUUUGUACAUAGUAUCUUUAAUAUAUAUCACUUUUGGUGUAACUAUA